AUGAAAGUGAUAUGCGGCGCGAUAUUACUCUUCAGUCUGAUAGACAUCAGCACCGGCUGGAUCAACAGCGACGACGACGGCACGACCUACAAACCGACGUCUGUAGAAGACGACCCGUCGAUCAAGCAGCAAAUCCAGCAACUGCUCGCGGAGUACACGUCUAGGGGCAAUGAAUCGGUUCGUUGCGAAUUUCUAUGGAAACAUCGGUUCAUGAGAGAAGAGUCGCUUCAAUAAAAGCGAGACUCAUGCUCUGAAAAUACACUUUAGCACAGUUUUACGAAGCCGUGUUCAAAGCAAUUCCGCGAAAUUCAAAGCAACCGACAGGAAAAAGAUAACCAAAAUUCUGAAGAAUCAAGGACGCAGAGAGAGACUCGCGGAAAGAAAACGUUUUCACAAGAAUUCUUUUCCCUUUACAUUUGAGAGUUGUUGAAAAUAAAGAAAAAAAAAUAGCUGGUAACAAUUCUCGUAGAAAUUAGGAAUAAUCGGGACAAGUUCGCUGAAACCAUUUAUAAAAUGUUGCCAAGAAAAAAAAAAUUCAAUAUCAGGAAAAAGGUCUUGAAAGUCACAAAAUGCCCAAUUUCCUAAUCGUCGAAUGAGAUUCUGUAAUUAAAAAAACUCAAAAGUAUCUAUUUAAUUGGUAUAAAAAAAGUAUAAAUAUAAAAAAACGUAUGAAAAAUAAGAAAAAAAGGGAGAUUUUUUUGUUAUAUCAAUGGAGCAGCUUUACUGAAAAAGCGAAAAAGUUUUUUUCGGAAAUUCAAACUCUUUUUUCUUCCGACCUCGAAAAAAAGUGUUUCUCUAAAAAUGAGACCUUUAAUUUUCGAUAUUAAGAUUAUAAACGCAAGGCAGAGCUUCAGAAGAUAGCUCAAUACCACAAACUCCAUUUUUUAUACUUCCAGAAACAAAUAGUGUAUUUUUUCAGCGCCGGCAGAUAAGUUUCAAGAUCUUCGCCCGGCUCAAGAACAACCGCGACGGUACAAACCGCACAAUGGUGGCGCUCCAUCCACACGCCAUGCAGUAUCUAUCCGACGCCAAAAGUUCGGCGGCCCAUCGGCGAUAUAAAGUGAUUUAUAAGAACUCUUCCCCGGGCAGGCUCAAACAUUUUGUCGUAAAGAAAAAUAGUAUGAAAUUCAAAACGACUUUCAGAUUCAGCUAAAGUUUUCAGAACCGAAAGCAUAAGAAAAUAGUGCAACCAGGAAUGUUCAGAGAGCUGCAGCUUGUGGCAGCGGAUGUCCAGAAGGACAAAUUGGCACUCGUGAGAAUGGAGAUUCGGGGACAUUCGGCAUAUCAUCCGACAACAUGUACUUCGAGUACACGACGGAUGGAACAGGAUGCGAAACACUCACGAUAACUUGCAUCGGAGGUUUUUUUGCUCAACUGCUACUUCCCACUUCGGGCGAUCCGAACGAAGAGGCACUGACGGUGAGUGACUGCAUGAGAAAGCAGAAGAAAAUGAGUUUGUCGAAGAAGAUGUCGAAGAGUUUCAAAAAUUAUUAAUGAGUAACAUAUUACUAGACAAUCCCUUUUUGCAGCUUGAUGGAUAUAUUGGUGAUGAAGGUGAAACCGUUGUGAUUGAAGUUACUCUACCUUGUCAAGGUGGACAAUGGGGUGGUGUCAACGACUUCAACAACGAAUUCAUUUGCGAUGGUUUGUUUCGAACAAAGGGUGAAACCUCCUUUCCUGAUUCCAGUUGGUGAAUACAUUCCACCUACAACCACCACAUCCACCACAACAGCUACAAGCACUACAACUGCUACGAGUACAACAACACUGACCAGCACGACAACGGAGCCAACCUCGACUACGACUGCCACUAGUACCACGACUGAACCAACGUCCACGACAACGGCCACUAGCACGACAACCGAGCCAACCUCGACUACGACUGUCACUAGUACCACGACUGAGCCAACGUCCACGACAACCGCCACUAGCACGACAACAGAGCCGACUUCGACUACGACUGUCACUAGUACCACGACUGAGCCAACGUCCACGACAACUGCCAGCACCACGAUGUGAGUUGAAAGAAUAUUAUCAUUCUAAAAAGAACUUAGGAACUUCAUAUAAAAAUGAGAGAAGUUUCAGAACUAGCACGACAACGGAGCCAACCUCGACUUCGACUGUCACUAGUACCACGACUGAGCCAACGUCCACGAAAACGGCUACCAGCACGACAACGGCCACUAGCACGACAACGGCUACUAGCACGACAACCGAGCCAACCUCGACUUCGACUGUCACUAGUACCACGACUGAGCCGACGUCCACGACAACUGCCAGCACCACGAUGUGAGUUGAAAGAAUAAAAAAAGAAUUCAUCAUUCUACAAAAGAACUUAGGAACUUCACAUAAAAAUGAGAGAAGUUUCAGAACUAGCACGACAACGGAGCCAACCUCGACUUCGACUGUCACUAGUACCACGACUGUGCCAACGUCCACGACAACGGCUACUAGCACGACAACCGAGCCAACCUCGACUUCGACUGUCACUAGUACCACGACUGAGCCAACGUCCACGACAACGGCUACUAGCACGACAACCGAGCCAACCUCGACUUCGACUGUCACUAGUACCACGACUGAGCCAACGUCCACGACAACUGCCAGCACCACGAUGUGAGUUGAAAGAAUAAAAAAAGAAUUAUCAUUCUAAAAGAACUUAGGAACUUCAUAUAAAAUGAGAGAAGUUUCAGAACUAGCACGACAACGGAGCCAACCUCGACUUCGACUGUCACUAGUACCACGACUGAGCCAACGUCCACGACAACGGCUACUAGCACGACAACGGCCACUAGCACGACAACGGCUACUAGCACGACAACCGAGCCAACCUCGACUUCGACUGUCACUAGUACCACGACUGAGCCGACGUCCACGACAACUGCCAGCACCACGAUGUGAGUUGAAAGAAUAAAAAAAGAAUUAUCAUUCUAAAAAGAACUUAGGAACUUCAUAUAAAAAUGAGAGAAGUUUCAGAACUAGCACGACAACGGAGCCAACCUCGACUUCGACUGUCACUAGUACCACGACUGAGCCAACGUCCACGACAACGGCUACUAGCACGACAACGGCCACUAGCACGACAACGGCUACUAGCACGACAACCGAGCCAACCUCGACUUCGACUGUCACUAGUACCACGACUGAGCCGACGUCCACGACAACUGCCAGCACCACGAUGUGAGUUGAAAGAAUAAAAAAAGAAUUAUCAUUCUAAAAGAACUUAGGAACUUCAUAUAAAAAUGAGAGAAGUUUCAGAACUAGCACGACAACGGAGCCAACCUCGACUUCGACUGUCACUAGUACCACGACUGAGCCAACGUCCACGACAACGGCUACUAGCACGACAACGGAGCCGACCUCGACUACGACUGCCACUAGUACCACGACUGAGCCAACGUCCACGACAACGGCCACUAGCACGACAACGGCUACUAGCACGACAACGGAGCCGACCUCGACUACGACUGCCACUAGUACCACGACUGAGCCAACGUCCACGACAACGGCUACUAGCACGACAACGGAGCCGACCUCGACUACGACUGCCACUAGUACCACGACUGAGCCAACGUCCACGACAACGGCCACUAGCACGACAACGGAGCCGACCUCGACUACGACUGCCACUAGUACCACGACUGAGCCAACGUCCACGACAACGGCCACUAGCACGACAACGGAGCCGACCUCGACUACGACUGCCACUAGUACCACGACUGAGCCAACGUCCACGACAACGGCUACUAGCACGACAACGGAGCCGACCUCGACUACGACUGCCACUAGUACCACGACUGAGCCAACGUCCACGACAACGGCCACUAGCACGACAACGGAGCCGACCUCGACUACGACUGCCACUAGUACCACGACUGAGCCAACGUCCACGACAACGGCUACUAGCACGACAACCGAGCCAACCUCGACUACGACUGCCACUAGUACCACGACUGAGCCAACGACAACGGCUACUAGCACGACAACCGAGCCAACCUCGACUACGACUGCCACUAGUACCACGACUGAACCAACGUCCACGACAACGGCCACUAGCACGACAACCGAGCCAACCUCGACUACGACUGUCACUAGUACCACGACUGAGCCAACGUCCACGACAACCGCCACUAGCACGACAACAGAGCCGACUUCGACUACGACUGUCACUAGUACCACGACUGAGCCAACGUCCACGACAACUGCCAGCACCACGAUGUGAGUUGAAAGAAUAAAAAAAAAAAUUAUCAUUCUAAAAGAACUUAGGAACUUCAUAUAAAAUGAGAGAAGUUUCAGAACUAGCACGACAACGGAGCCAACCUCGACUUCGACUGUCACUAGUACCACGACUGAGCCAACGUCCACGACAACGGCUACUAGCACGACAACGGCCACUAGCACGACAACCGAGCCAACCUCGACUACGACUGUCACUAGUACCACGACUGAGCCAACGUCCACGACAACGGCCACUAGCACGACAACCGAGCCAACCUCGACUUCGACUGUCACUAGUACCACGACUGAGCCAACGUCCACGACAACUGCCAGCACCACGAUGUGAGUUGAAAGAAUAAAAAAAGAAUUAUCAUUCUAAAAGAACUUAGGAACUUCAUAUAAAAUGAGAGAAGUUUCAGAACUAGCACGACAACGGAGCCAACCUCGACUUCGACUGUCACUAGUACCACGACUGAGCCAACGUCCACGACAACGGCUACUAGCACGACAACGGAGCCGACCUCGACUACGACUGCCACUAGUACCACGACUGAGCCAACGUCCACGACAACGGCUACUAGCACGACAACGGAGCCAGACCUCGACUACGACUGCCACUAGUACCACGACUGAGCCAACGUCCACGACAACGGCUACUAGCACGACAACGGAGCCGACCUCGACUACGACUGCCACUAGUACCACGACUGAGCCAACGUCCACGACAACGGCUACUAGCACGACAACGGAGCCGACCUCGACUACGACUGCCACUAGUACCACGACUGAGCCAACGUCCACGACAACGGCCACUAGCACGACAACCGAGCCAACCUCGACUACGACUGCCACUAGUACCACGACUGAGCCAACGUCCACGACAACGGCCACUAGCACGACAACCGAGCCAACCUCGACUACGACUGUCACUAGUACCACGACUGAGCCAACGUCCACGACAACUGCCAGCACCACGAUGUGAGUUGAAAGAAUAAAAAAAAAAAUUAUCAUUCUAAAAGAACUUAGGAACUUCAUAUAAAAUGAGAGAAGUUUCAGAACUAGCACGACAACGGAGCCAACCUCGACUUCGACUGUCACUAGUACCACGACUGAGCCAACGUCCACGACAACGGCUACCAGCACGACAACGGCCACUAGCACGACAACGGCUACUAGCACGACAACCGAGCCAACCUCGACUUCGACUGUCACUAGUACCACGACUGAGCCGACGUCCACGACAACUGCCAGCACCACGAUGUGAGUUGAAAGAAUAAAAAAAGAAUUAUCAUUCUAAAAGAACUUAGGAACUUCAUAUAAAAUGAGAGAAGUUUCAGAACUAGCACGACAACGGAGCCAACCUCGACUUCGACUGUCACUAGUACCACGACUGAGCCAACGUCCACGACAACGGCUACUAGCACGACAACGGAGCCGACCUCGACUACGACUGCCACUAGUACCACGACUGAGCCAACGUCCACGACAACGGCUACUAGCACGACAACGGCUACUAGCACGACAACGGAGCCGACCUCGACCACGACUGCCACUAGUACCACGACUGAGCCAACGUCCACGACAACGGCUACUAGCACGACAACGGAGCCGACCUCGACUACGACUGCCACUAGUACCACGACUGAGCCAACGUCCACGACAACGGCCACUAGCACGACAACGGAGCCGACCUCAACUACGACUGCCACUAGUACCACGACUGAGCCAACGUCCACGACAACGGCUACUAGCACGACAACGGAGCCGACCUCGACUACGACUGCCACUAGUACCACGACUGAGCCAACGUCCACGACAACGGCUACUAGCACGACAACGGAGCCGACCUCGACUACGACUGCCACUAGUACCACGACUGAGCCAACGUCCACGACAACGGCUACUAGCACGACAACCGAGCCGACUUCGACUACGACUGCCACUAGUACCACGACUGAGCCAACGUCCACGACAACGGCUACUAGCACGACAACGGAGCCGACCUCGACUACGACUGCCACUAGUACCACGACUGAGCCAACGUCCACGACAACGGCUACUAGCACGACAACGGCCACUAGCACGACAACCGAGCCAACCUCGACUACGACUGCCACUAGUACCACGACUGAGCCAACGUCCACGACAACGGCCACUAGCACGACAACGGAGCCGACCUCGACUACGACUGCCACUAGUACCACGACUGAGCCAACGUCCACGACAACGGCUACUAGCACGACAACGGAGCCGACCUCGACUACGACUGCCACUAGUACCACGACUGAGCCAACGUCCACGACAACUGCCAGCACCACGAUGUGAGUUGAAAGAAUAAAAAAAGAAUUAUCAUUCUAAAAGAACUUAUGAACUUCAUAUGAAAUGAGAGAAGUUUCAGAACUAGCACGACAACGGAGCCAACCUCGACUACGACUGCCACUAGUACCACGACUCAGCCAACGUCCACGACAACGGCUACUAGCACGAAAACGGCUACUAGCACGACAACCGAGCCAACCUCGACUUCGACUGUCACUAGUACCACGACUGAGCCAACGUCCACGACAACGGCCACUAGCACGACAACGGAGCCGACCUCGACUACGACUGCCACUAGUACCACGACUGAACCAACGUCCACGACAACUGCCAGCACCACGAUGUGAGUUGAAAGAAUAAAAAAAGAAUUAUCAUUCUAAAAGAACUUAUGAACUUCAUAUGAAAUGAGAGAAGUUUCAGAACUAGCACGACAACGGAGCCAACCUCGACUACGACUGCCACUAGUACCACGACUGAGCCAACGUCCACGACAACGGCUACUAGCACGACAACGGAGCCGACCUCGACUACGACUGCCACUAGUACCACGACUGAGCCAACGUCCACGACAACGGCUACUAGCACGACAACGGAGCCGACCUCGACUACGACUGCCACUAGUACCACGACUGAGCCAACGUCCACGACAACGGCUACUAGCACGACAACGGAGCCGACCUCGACUACGACUGCCACUAGUACCACGACUGAGCCAACGUCCACGACAACGGCUACUAGCACGACAACGGAGCCGACCUCGACUACGACUGCCACUAGUACCACGACUGAGCCAACGUCCACGACAACGGCCACUAGCACGACAACGGAGCCGACCUCGACUACGACUGCCACUAGUACCACGACUGAGCCAACGUCCACGACAACGGCUACUAGCACGACAACGGAGCCGACCUCGACUACGACUGCCACUAGUACCACGACUGAGCCAACGUCCACGACAACGGCUACUAGCACGACAACGGCCACUAGCACGACAACCGAGCCAACCUCGACUACGACUGCCACUAGUACCACGACUGAGCCAACGUCCACGACAACGGCUACUAGCACGACAACGGAGCCGACCUCGACUACGACUGCCACUAGUACCACGACUGAGCCAACGUCCACGACAACGGCUACUAGCACGACAACGGAGCCGACCUCGACUACGACUGCCACUAGUACCACGACUGAGCCAACGUCCACGACAACGGCUACUAGCACGACAACGGAGCCGACCUCGACUACGACUGCCACUAGUACCACGACUGAGCCAACGUCCACGACAACGGCUACUAGCACGACAACGGAGCCGACCUCGACUACGACUGCCACUAGUACCACGACUGAGCCAACGUCCACGACAACGGCUACUAGCACGACAACGGAGCCGACCUCGACUACGACUGCCACUAGUACCACGACUGAGCCAACGUCCACGACAACGGCUACUAGCACGACAACGGCCACUAGCACGACAACCGAGCCAACCUCGACUACGACUGCCACUAGUACCACGACUGAGCCAACGUCCACGACAACGGCUACUAGCACGACAACGGAGCCGACCUCGACUACGACUGCCACUAGUACCACGACUGAGCCAACGUCCACGACAACGGCUACUAGCACGACAACGGCUACUAGCACGACAACCGAGCCAACCUCGACUACGACUGCCACUAGUACCACGACUGAGCCAACGUCCACGACAACGGCUACUAGCACGACAACGGAGCCGACCUCGACUACGACUGCCACUAGUACCACGACUGAGCCAACGUCCACGACAACGGCUACUAGCACGACAACGGCUACUAGCACGACAACCGAGCCAACCUCGACUACGACUGCCACUAGUACCACGACUGAGCCAACGUCCACGACAACGGCUACUAGCACGACAACGGAGCCGACCUCGACUACGACUGCCACUAGUACCACGACUGAGCCAACGUCCACGACAACGGCUACUAGCACGACAACGGAGCCGACCUCGACUACGACUGCCACUAGUACCACGACUGAGCCAACGUCCACGACAACGGCUACUAGCACGACAACGGAGCCGACCUCGACUACGACUGCCACUAGUACCACGACUGAGCCAACGUCCACGACAACGGCUACUAGCACGACAACGGAGCCGACCUCGACUACGACUGCCACUAGUACCACGACUGAGCCAACGUCCACGACAACGGCUACUAGCACGACAACGGAGCCGACCUCGACUACGACUGCCACUAGUACCACGACUGAGCCAACGUCCACGACAACGGCUACUAGCACGACAACGGAGCCGACCUCGACUACGACUGCCACUAGUACCACGACUGAGCCAACGUCCACGACAACGGCUACUAGCACGACAACGGCCACUAGCACGACAACCGAGCCAACCUCGACUACGACUGCCACUAGUACCACGACUGAGCCAACGUCCACGACAACGGCUACUAGCACGACAACGCACGAGCCGAAACCUCGACUACGACUGCCACUAGUACCACGACUGAGCCAACGUCCACGACAACGGCUACUAGCACGACAACGGCCACUAGCACGACAACCGAGCCAACCUCGACUACGACUGCCACUAGUACCACGACUGAGCCAACGUCCACGACAACGGCUACUAGCACGACAACGGAGCCGACCUCGACUACGACUGCCACUAGUACCACGACUGAGCCAACGUCCACGACAACUGCCAGCACCACGAUGUGAGUUGAAAGAAUAAAAAAAGAAUUAUCAUUCUAAAAGAACUUAUGAACUUCAUAUGAAAUGAGAGAAGUUUCAGAACUAGCACGACAACGGAGCCGACCUCGACUACGACUGCCACUAGUACCACGACUGAGCCAACGUCCACGACAACGGCUACUAGCACGACAACGGAGCCGACCUCGACUACGACUGCCACUAGUACCACGACUGAGCCAACGUCCACGACAACGGCUACUAGCACGACAACGGAGCCGACCUCGACUACGACUGCCACUAGUACCACGACUGAGCCAACGUCCACGACAACGGCUACUAGCACGACAACGGAGCCGACCUCGACUACGACUGCCACUAGUACCACGACUGAGCCAACGUCCACGACAACGGCUACUAGCACGACAACGGAGCCGACCUCGACUACGACUGCCACUAGUACCACGACUGAGCCAACGUCCACGACCACGGCCACUAGCACGACAACGGCUACUAGCACGACAACCGAGCCAACCUCGACUUCGACUGUCACUAGUACCACGACUGAGCCAACGUCCACGACAACGGCUACUAGCACGACAACCGAGCCAACCUCGACUUCGACUGCCACUAGUACCACGACUGAGCCAACGUCCACGACAACUGCUACUAGCACGACAACCGAGCCAACUUCGACUACGACUGCCACUAGUACCACGACUGAGCCAACGUCCACGACAACGGCUACUAGCACGACAACCGAGCCAACCUCGACUACGACUGCCACUAGUACCACGACUGAGCCAACGUCCACGACAACGGCUACUAGCACGACAACGGCCACUAGCACGACAACCGAGCCAACCUCGACUACGACUGCCACUAGUACCACGACUGAGCCAACGUCCACGACAACGGCUACUAGCACGACAACCGAGCCAACCUCGACUACGACUGCCACUAGUACCACGACUGAGCCAACGUCCACGACAACGGCUACUAGCACGACAACGGCCACUAGCACGACAACCGAGCCAACCUCGACUACGACUGCCACUAGUACCACGACUGAGCCAACGUCCACGACAACGGCCACUAGCACGACAACCGAGCCAACUUCGACUACGACUGCCACUAGUACCACGACUGAGCCAACGUCCACGACAACGGCCACUAGCACGACAACCGAGCCAACCUCGACUACGACUGCCACUAGUACCACGACUGAGCCAACGUCCACGACAACUGCACGACAACGGCCACUAGCACGACAACCGAGCCAACCUCGACUACGACUGCCACUAGUACCACGACUGAGCCAACGUCCACGACAACGGCCACUAGCACGACAACCGAGCCAACUUCGACUACGACUGCCACUAGUACCACGACUGAGCCAACGUCCACGACAACGGCCACUAGCACGACAACCGAGCCAACCUCGACUACGACUGCCACUAGUACCACGACUGAGCCAACGUCCACGACAACGGCUACUAGCACGACAACGGCCACUAGCACGACAACCGAGCCAACUUCGACUACGACUGCCACUAGUACCACGACUGAGCCAACGUCCACGACAACGGCUACUAGCACGACAACGGAGCCGACCUCGACUACGACUGCCACUAGUACCACGACUGAGCCAACGUCCACGACAACGGCCACUAGCACGACAACCGAGCCAACCUCGACUACGACUGCCACUAGUACCACGACUGAGCCAACGUCCACGACAACGGCUACUAGCACGACAACGGCCACUAGCACGACAACCGAGCCAACCUCGACUACGACUGCCACUAGUACCACGACUGAGCCAACGUCCACGACAACGGCUACUAGCACGACAACCGAGCCAACCUCGACUACGACUGCCACUAGUACCACGACUGAGCCAACGUCCACGACAACGGCUACUAGCACGACAACGGCCACUAGCACGACAACCGAGCCAACCUCGACUACGACUGCCACUAGUACCACGACUGAGCCAACGUCCACGACAACGGCUACUAGCACGACAACGGCCACUAGCACGACAACCGAGCCAACCUCGACUACGACUGCCACUAGUACCACGACUGAGCCAACGUCCACGACAACGGCUACUAGCACGACAACCGAGCCAACUUCGACUACGACUGCCACUAGUACCACGACUGAGCCAACGUCCACGACAACGGCUACUAGCACGACAACGGAGCCAACCUCGACUUCGACUGUCACUAGUACCACGACUGAGCCAACGUCCACGACAACGGCUACGAGCACGACAACCGAGCCAACUUCGACUACGACUGCCACUAGUACCACGACUGAGCCAACGUCCACGACAACGGCUACUAGCACGACAACGGCCACUAGCACGACAACCGAGCCAACCUCGACUACGACUGCCACUAGUACCACGACUGAGCCAACGUCCACGACAACGGCUACUAGCACGACAACGGCCACUAGCACGACAACCGAGCCAACUUCGACUACGACUGCCACUAGUACCACGACUGAGCCAACGUCCACGACAACGGCUACUAGCACGACAACGGCCACUAGCACGACAACCGAGCCAACCUCGACUACGACUGCCACUAGUACCACGACUGAGCCAACGUCCACGACAACGGCUACUAGCACGACAACCGAGCCAACUUCGACUACGACUGCCACUAGUACCACGACUGAGCCAACGUCCACGACAACGGCUACUAGCACGACAACGGCCACUAGCACGACAACCGAGCCAACCUCGACUACGACUGCCACUAGUACCACGACUGAGCCAACGUCCACGACAACGGCUACUAGCACGACAACCGAGCCAACUUCGACUACGACUGCCACUAGUACCACGACUGAGCCAACGUCCACGACAACGGCUACUAGCACGACAACGGCUACUAGUACGACAACCGAGCCAACUUCGACUACGACUGCCACUAGUACCACGACUGAGCCGACGUCCACGACAACUGCCAGCACCACGAUGUGAGUUGAAAGAAUAAAAAAAGGAUUAUCAUUCUAAAAGAACUUAUGAACUUCAUAUAAAAUGAGAGAAGUUUCAGAACUAGCACGACAACCGAGCCAACCUCGACUACGACUGCCACUAGUACCACGACUGAGCCAACGUCCACGACAACGGCUACUAGCACGACAACCGAGCCAACCUCGACUACGACUGCCACUAGUACCACGACUGAGCCAACGUCCACGACAACGGCUACUAGCACGACAACCGAGCCAACCUCGACUACGACUGCCACUAGUACCACGACUGAGCCAACGUCCACGACAACUGCCAGCACCACGAUGUGAGUUGAAAGAAUAAAAAAAGAAUUAUCAUUCUAAAAGAACUCAUGAACUUCAUAUAAAAUGAGAGAAGUUUCAGAACUAGCACGACAACGGAGCCAACCUCGACUUCGACUGUCACUAGUACCACGACUGAGCCAACGUCCACGACAACGGCUACUAGCACGACAACCGAGCCAACCUCGACUACGACUGCCACUAGUACCACGACUGAGCCAACGUCCACGACAACUGCCAGCACCACGAUGUGAGUUGAAAGAAUAAAAAAAAGAAUUAUCAUUCUAAAAAGAACUUAUGAACUUCAUAUAAAAAUGAGAGAAGUUUCAGAACUAGCACGACAACGGAGCCAACCUCGACUUCGACUGUCACUAGUACCACGACUGAGCCAACGUCCACGACAACGGCUACUAGCACGACAACCGAGCCAACCUCGACUACGACUGCCACUAGUACCACGACUGAGCCAACGUCCACGACAACGGCUACUAGCACGACAACGGCCACUAGCACGACAACCGAGCCAACCUCGACUACGACUGCCACUAGUACCACGACUGAGCCAACGUCCACGACAACUGCCAGCACCACGAUGUGA